AUGAAAGCAUUAUUUCUCCUCUUUGCAGCAGCUCUUUUCGGCUACGCCACCGCUGUUUGCCCACCACCAGCUAACGCCGACACCAUCAACCUCAUCGAAAGGUUCGAGGGCUUCGUCCCCUCGCCCCGCCCUGACCCCAUCGGGCUUCCUACCGUUGGCUAUGGGCACCUCUGCAAGACCAAGGGUUGCUCCGAAGUUCCAUUCAAGUUCCCUGUGACCAAAGCCAACGCCGUCACUCUCCUCCAUAGCGACCUCACCACCUUCCAAAACUGUGUCAAUUCGGAUAUAAAGCGAUCCGUGCACCUCAAUGAUAACCAAUAUGGCGCUCUCGUUUCAUGGGCAUAUAAUGUGGGUUGCGGGAACAUUAAAACGUCGUCGUUGGUGAGAAGGCUGAAUGCAGGAGAAGACCCGAAUACCGUCGCUGCUCAGGAACUUCCACAAUGGAAUAAGGGAGGUGGAAAAGUUCUGCCUGGUUUAGUGAGGCGUCGUGCUGAGGAGGUGAAGCUUUUCAAAACCCCGUCCAGCGUUUCCGCACACCCUUGCUAG